GCAUGCGCACAAUUAUCAAAACAAAAAAUAUGGCGUCCAACAGAACUACGGAGUAAAAAAUUCAGUAGAAAAUUGAGUUUUAUAGUCAAACAAAUCACACGAAAAAGUUAUUUGCACAUGUAUUGUUUACAAGAAUGCUAGACCUUGAGGUUGUACCCGAGCGAUCUCUAGGAAAUGAACAAUGGGAGUUUGUAUUGGGUAUGCCGUUUUACCAAGCAGUGAAUAUAUUAAAAAGACAGGAUCGAGUGAUCAAAGGAGUUCAAGUAUGGUACAGCAAUCAGGGACCAUUGAACAUGGAUUUGGUGAUAUAUUUGUCUCAGGAUGGAAUCAGGCUCAUUUUUGAUCCAGUCUCUCAAAGAUUAAAGGUUAUAGAAGUAAACUGUAUGAGUAAAGUGAAGUUAAAAUACUGUGGGGUUCAUUUUAAUACUAGUCAGAUUCAUCCCACCAUUGAACAGAUAGACCAGUCCUUUGGAGCAACCCACCCAGGAGUUUAUAAUUCAGAGAAGCAGCUUUUUGUGUUGAAUUUUAGAGGACUCUCCUUUGAUUUUCCAAUUGAAUCAAAGUUUGAGCCUCGAUACGCUCAUGGCCUAGGAUCUUUACAGUUUCCAAAUGGAGCAUCACCUGUUGUGUCCCGAAUGUGUAUAUAUUCCGGUAACAGUCUACUGGAAACUAGAGCCCCACCAUUACCUAUUACAUGUUACCAUGGCAACUGUUAUGUAGAUUGUUUAGAAGUGAUCAGGGACAGUAAACUGACCAGAGCACUCAAGUUUAUACUUUUCACAGAAGGUAACGAGCCAGGAAAAUUGUUAGAUCCAAGAAAGAAAAUUGUGGAGAGGAUUGUCAAUUUUGGUGAUAGUCCAAAUGAUGUGAUAAGUGCCUUAGGGUGUCCGGAGAAAGUCUUUUACAAAUCUGAUGACAAGAUGAAGAUUCAUACCCCUGAUGCUCACAGACGAGUCCGUGGAAAAUCAUCCGACUAUUUCUAUAACUAUUUCACUAUGGGAGUGGACAUUUUAUUUGAUGCAAGCACUCAUCAAGUGAAGAAAUUUGUUCUUCACACAAAUUAUCCAGGUCAUUAUAAUUUUAACAUGUAAGUAACUUUUAAUUUUUUUUUACCUGUGUAGUAAUU